AUGCAGAAAGCUUUUGUGUCUCCAAGUGAGCGGCGUGCUGCAGUGCUGCUGCAGCAGCUGGAGACUCUGAAGCAGCACAGGGACAAGCAGCGGCAGCAGCAGCAGCAGCAAAAGGCCCGCCUCAAGCAGCAGCAAACGGACAAGCUGCUGCAGCAGCAGCAGCAGCAGCAAAAGGAACGCAGAAAAAGGAGACACUCCAAACAAGGCAAAAUCGAGGCCAGCAUGCGGAAACGCCUCCGCCUAGACCCAGCCAACACCUCUUAG